AGUCCUGCCCCUUCCACCUCAGAGGCCCCAGAUAUCUCCUCUAUUCAUGGGACAGAGAGCUGAGCAGAAUAGGAGGAGGACUGAGGAACUACCAAAGCUACCCAGGGACUCUUACUUCUCAAUGGCUGGACUAUAUGGGCGUUCAGCUCCUGACAUGCAUAGCCUCCGACUCAUUGUGGUGUCAGUUCAGCUGCUUUGCUAUCUCCUGCUGUGUCCUGUGGAUGCCACUUCCCACAGAAAGCCAACAAGUGUCUCUACGAUGCUCCCUCCCUCGGAGUUGAGAUACCAGAUGCCAACGACCUCAGACCCCUUGUCCUGCCAGAUGCUGCUCCCAAAGUCCCUGCCUGGCUUCACUCACAUGCCCCCCGUCUCCAAAUUCCUGGUAGGCUUGGCUCUAAGAAAUGCUCUGGAGGAAGCUGGCUGCCAGGCUGAUGUCCGGGCUCUUCAGUUGCAGCUUUAUCAGUUAGGAGGUGUGAAGGCUACACAAGCCCUCAUCCACCAUCUUCAAGAGCUCCAGAAAGGCGGACACGCAGACCGGAAUGUGUCGGUGGAUGCCCUGUUCUCUGCUCUACAGCACUUAUCCUGGGAGCAGUCAGGUCCAAAGAGGGUCAGACGUUGGAUUUCUAACAAGGACUGUGAAAAUGAGCGGGAGCAGAGAGUGCACAACGUGGUUGACCUGCUGCCAGCAGUGGGUACCUACUACAACCUAGGUACAGCUUUGUAUUAUGCCAUUAAGAACUGCUCUGAUAAGGCCAAGGAACGAGGUCGAGAUGGGGCCAUAGACCUGGGUUAUGAUCUUUUGAUGGCCAUGGUGGGUGCGUCAGGGGGGCCAGCUGGUGUGGCGAUCACUGCUGCUCUUAAGCCAGUGAUGAAGGCUGGGGUUCAGAGACUCAUCCGAUCUUAUUACAAUGAGAAAGAGGUGACCACCCCUCAGCCAGAGGUGUACUAUUACGAUGAGAAAGAGGUGACCACCCCUCAGCCAGAGGUGUACUAUUACAAUGAGAAAGAGGUGACCACCCCUCAGCCAGAGGUGACCACCCCUCAGCCAGAGACCGGGAAGGAUAGCACCACAUAUAGCAAUGACGUGGAAGAAUCCACCAUGUCCAAUUUGUUGUCAGAAGUUGACAGUACAACUUCUAACUGGGAGUGGCCUUUAUUAAAUAACUUUGUUGUCUUGGCAUACAAGAGAUAGUAACAGAACCACAAGUAAGUGGAAGUGGAAAAUUUUGACAAGAAGAGAGUAGAUGGAUGGACGGGUGGGUGGUUUGGGGUACUGUCAUCACUUGCCAGGAAUUUCCUUCUUGAAACUCAAGUUUUUACACUCUAAUGGGGCGAACUUUCACAUGAACAAGUGAUUAUAGAAAUUAAAAAGUGAUAUCAUGAA